CGCGACCAGAGACACAUCGCUGGAGGUUGAAGAAAGGAUGGAGAAUCAUGGAGAUGCCCCGGAGCAGGCUGCCGACGGAGGACUCGUCACAGUCACGAGAGCAACAGUGAUCUUUCUUGCAAAACAGAGCAGGAGAGUGAAUGAAUUGGCAAGAACAACCGGUGAAGAGUCGAAACUCGUCGAUGGUGCCCACACAAUCUCCACAACCCCAGAACUGUUUGAAGAUGCGCCAGCAGAGGCGAAUGUGCCUGAAUUCGAAGAAUCCGAUCGCGUUAGAAUGCCUCUAUUUGUGAAGGAAGAGGACGACAAGAACCCUCUUAUAGGUAGAGAAAAUCAACUCGAAUCGAGCCAAUUCUGUGCUGCAGACUCAUUCAUGGGAAUCCAAGGAACGUGUAGGAUGUAUCAAUUCAACUCGAAUAUGGUUGGAUUGAAAAACACCAAAUUUGACUUCGAAAAUCUGGGUUUGAAUUCCGGCGACGGCGGGAAGGGAAGUAUGGUUUAUUCGAAGGCGAUGGCGACGAUUCGAGGCUGGGGAAGGAUGCAAAAAUUCAAUUGGAAGCUUUCUCCAGGCUUGGCGUCGACGAAUUGGUCUGGAAGUCCCUGAAUCAAAAAGCCCCAAUUUCGUUGUUUAAGAACACUAUCUUAGUUCUGUGACGAAUUUUUGAGAAGAGGAUGAAAUUUUUUAGAACACUAUCAAGUCAUUUUCCGUGUUCAGGUAGCCAAAUUUCGAGGCACGGUUCUCUCACUUGGCUAGAUGAAAAUUCGCGUGAUAGCUUGUUUUGAAGAUAAGAAUUUUAUCUACAUGAUGGUAUUCUUGGUGGCUCGAGAGGAAGUUCAGAAGGUCAUUUUCCAGAUGUCCAAAUUUGCUAUCUGGAAAACUGAAAACUACCAGAAUUUGGCUAUGGCAGAAACCUUGUUAAUGAAGCCUACUUUGGAGCUUAAUUCGAGGAGCAUGGAUCUGAUUCUAGUCCAAAGGCUUCCACAAUACGAAACUAGGUAUGUUGUAUAACAAAGGGAAGGAAUUGGAUGAAGGAUUGGAGAUCUGGAAGGCCUCGAACGAAUAGCAUGAAGUUAGUACGAAAGCUAUUUUUUGGCAGCUUUCUUGUGCGUAAAGAAAGGAGUUUGAGUCCGAAUUUUGUAACCUUUUUAGAGUAAAGUUUUACCUUAUUU